AUGGAGGAAAUCAUGAAAAUGUCUGCGCCUGUUCCUGCUCAGUUUGACGCCGAGAAUGCGAGCAACCUGGAGGAUAUCGAGAAGCAGUUCGCAGUCAAAGGUCAGUGGUGCUCCCGGGACCCAAACCUGCUAACGCUGACCCCUGCUGUCUCUGGCUUGCGCGUAGCUGUACAACAUCUCGAGACGUACUGGUCCAUUCUUAAGAAGGUCAAGGGAUCCUCGUUACGUCUGACCAAGAUGGACGACGAAAUCUACGAGCAUCUCAAGGCCGAGUUCCCCGAAUUCGAUCCCGCCGCUACGAUUGACGAGAAUGAGUUGAAAAGUAAGACGGGCAAGGAGCGGUGGCGCAAGUUUAUGAUGGCAUACGACAAAAGGGUGGACGACUAUAACUUCGGCACCAUGCUGCGGACGAGCCCCAAAGUAGAGUACGAGCAGGACACGACCAUCUUUGUUCCCAGGAUGCAGUUCUAUGCCGUCGAGAUAGCAAGAAACAGGGCCGGUCUCAACGAUUGGAUCUACGAGAAGGCCAGAGCAGCGGCCAAGGCUUGAGAAGGCGGCAAAGCCACAUGCCACCGACACGGAACUUGACCUACUUCGUUGAACAGACAUAUCCAGAAUGAUUUGGACUGCAAAGGGUGCUGCCGCCUUCACAAAAACCUCUCGCGAGCAGAUGUCCACACAUCCACGAUUACACGAGCAGGCUAUUUAAAAGUCUUUGUGAGGUACUUUGCUGCAUAACGUCUCUGUGAAGUGUACGGCGAAUCAUUGCUACUCACAGGGUUGAAUCUCUUUGGGGGGUUAUUCUUGAUUACUGGAAUGGGCAGCAGUCGAACCUUGCGGGAAAAAAAGUCAUUGGUACGCAAUGAUUCCCGCGUGUUUACAUACGACACAUUCCUUCACUAUAAGGCCAGGGAAUCAUGUUCAGGUAUGAUCAUAGGCACGUGGCCGCCCAGUAC